UGUGGGAGUUCUGUUUGGUUUCAUAAGUUCUUCGUUCCAAUAAUAAUUUUAUAUUUCUACUUCAGUCUCUCAGUCGUUUGUUGACCAUUCACCAUGGUUAUUUAGACCAUACAAAAUUUAUAUCCCUUUUUGAGUUUUAUUUUAUUUUAUAUAUUAGAAAUAGAUCUGUUUUAGAUUUACUUAAAAGUGUAAUUUAUUAAUUCAUUAUCCAUUAAGUCUACAAUGAAUAACUAGUCAAUUCCCCAAGUAACUUUGGUUGUUUCUUGAUAAGUUUGAUGUAAUAAUAAUAGUUAAAAAACGCACACGUUAAAAAUGAAUGGUACAAAUUUGAUUAAUUGUGCGAAACGCUGCUUAUCGGGCAGGUUGCUGCCCCUCUAUAGUGCUCGCAGUGCGUCGUCGGAGGCCCCGGCUGCGGGCGAGCGGCGCGGUGCGCAGCAGAGCGGCUCCUACACACUGAACCUGUUCCGCGGACGACUCGAGACUGCGCAGGUGUUCCCUUUCCCUGAACCCUUGUCGGAGGACCAGCGACAGACCUUGCAGGAGCUGGUGCCGCCUGUUGAAAAGUUCUUCGAAGAGGUGAACGACCCGGCGAAGAAUGACGCGGACGCUCAGAUCGAGCAGGGCACGCUGUCGGGGCUGUGGGACCUCGGCGCCUUCGGGCUGCAGGUCCCCACCGACCUCGGGGGGCUCGGCCUCAACAACACGCAGUACGCGCGCCUAGUGGAGGUGGUGGGCGCGCACGACCUGGGCGUGGGCAUCACGCUGGGCGCGCACCAGUCCAUCGGCUUCAAGGGCAUCCUGUUGUUCGGCACGCCCGAGCAGAAGGCGCAGUACCUGCCGCGCGUCACCUCCGGGGAGUACGCCGCCUUCUGCCUCACCGAGCCCUCCUCGGGCUCCGACGCCGGCUCCAUCAAGACGCGCGCCGUACUCUCCCCGGACGGCGACCACUUCAUACUGAACGGCUCCAAGAUCUGGAUCAGCAACGGUGGCAUCGCAGAGAUCAUGACCGUGUUCGCGCAGACGCCCAUUGAGAAGGACGGGAAGACCGUCGACAAAGUGACGGCGUUCGUGGUGGAGCGGUCGUUCGGCGGCGUGUCGUCGGGCCCGCCCGAGAACAAGAUGGGCAUCAAGUGCUCCAACACGGCCGAGGUGUACUUCGAGGACGUGCGCGUGCCGGCGCGCUGCGUGCUGGGCGGGCUCGGCAACGGGUUCAAGGUCGCCAUGAACAUCCUCAACAACGGACGCUUCGGCAUGGCCGCCGCCCUCGCCGGCACCCAGCGCGCCGCCCUGCGCCAGGCCGCCGAGCACGCAGCCACCAGGACGCAGUUCGGCCGGAGGCUCGUCGAGUUCGGCGGCGUCCGGGAGAAGCUCGCGCGCAUGGCCACGCUGCAGUACGUCACCGAGUCGCUCGCCUACAUGGUCAGCGGCAACAUGGACUCCGGCUGCAAGGACUACCACCUCGAGGCCGCCAUCUCCAAGGUGUUCGCGUCGGACUCUGCGUGGACGGUGGUGGACGAGGCCAUCCAGAUCCUGGGCGGCAUGGGCUACAUGAAGGCCACCGGCCUCGAGCGCGUGCUACGCGACUUAAGGAUCUUCCGCAUCUUCGAGGGCACCAACGACAUCCUGCGACUCUUCGUCGCGCUCACCGGCAUCCAGUUCGCGGGCUCGCACCUGCAGGAGCUGCAGCGCGCGUUCAAGAACCCGACCGCGAACCUGGGACUGAUCUUCAGCGAGGCGGGCCGCCGCGCCACCGCCGCCGUGGGGCUGGCGCGCGGGCCCGACCUGGCGCCGCACGUGGCGCCCGCGCUGCGGCCCGCCGCCGCCGAGCUGGCGCGCGGCGCCGCCGAGUUCGGCGCCUGCGUGGAGGCCGCGCUGCGCCGCCACGGCCGCGCCGUCGUCGACCGGCAGUUCCUGCUCAACCGGCUGGCGGCCGCGGCCGUCGACUCGUACACGUCGGUGGCGGCCAUCUCGCGCGCGUCCCGCGCCGCGCGGCUGUCGCUGCCGGCCGCCGACCACGAGCUGCGGCUGGCCGAGGCGUGGGCGGAGCGCGCGCUGGCCCGCCAGCCGCGCCUGCUGUCGGCCGCGCGGGACGCCGCGCCGGCCGCCAGGCACGAGCGCCUCUCGCGGCUCGGGGCGGACGUGGCGGCCGCCGGCGGACAGCCCACCGCCAACCCGCUCGGCAUCUGA